AUGGCAUACAAUUUGUGUGAAAGAUUCCCAAAAGUGAAGCAAUCAAUUCAACUUUUAGAUCCUGGUGCCUAUCAAAAUGUGAAUUCAUUACCGGUAAAACCAAAUAAAGUAGCGUUUCUCUCAAAAGUACCACGUAAUACUCAAAGUGGACACAAAAUAUGGACACAUGCUCUUUAUUAUAGUGAGAUCAAACCGAAAAUUCCUAAUUGUACUACCAUUUCGUCAAUAACUCCGCGUUUUGCGAACGAAAAAUUAAGAACUGAAGAUAUUGAAGAACUUUUAUGUCAAUGCGGAGCACAAAAUCCAUGUAAUUGUUCAGUCGGCCAAGAGAAAACUGAUAUAGAAGACGAAAUAAAGUGUCAUAAAAGGAUUCGUAGACGAUUAUUUAAAGGGCAAACUCUUGGGUCUGUACUGAAAGAAAGACUUUCAAUUCCAUCCAGAAAUGAUUUUGGGUUCAAUAUCUUACCAAAUGGCUCCAAGGAACGUAUGUUUAAACAGAUUAAAGAAGACUGUCCUCCAUUUUAUGAUGCAAGGGUUGUGGAAUCAACUGCAUUUUAUCGCGGUUGUAAAUGGAGUAGAUGGACAUCAAAAAGAAAUGAUAAGUCAAUUAAACUCAAUCCAGGACCAGCAGAUUACACUAUUGAUGUAAAUCAACCCAAUUGUGCGGUGAUGUGCAUCGAAAGGUUACGAGCUUUAAAACGUAAAACUUCUAAACAACUUCGAUUUAUCGAAAAAGUCCAACGACAAAAUAUUUUAGAUGCUUUACCUGGGCCAGCUAACUAUAAACCUACUUUUCCUAAAGGUACCGAUUUAAGAUUUCUUGGACCUAAAGCGGACAGAUUUUUGUCUUCUAAAUGUGACGAUAAACCUAAUCCUACAUCGUAUUUUAUAAAAAGAGAUUUCGAUAAAAAUAGAUUCCCUUUUAAACCUUGUCUUGCGAUUUUGCCUACAUCUGCACCGUUUGGUGUAAAAGCUCGUAGAUUCAAAUAUCGACCUGAAGUAGGACCAAGCCCAGCUAGCUAUAACAUAAAUAAUACAUUGUGUAAUAUAAGACAUUGUAAUAAAGCACCGUUCGGUUCCUUUUCAAAAAGAUUUAAAGAUAGCUUUGAAAAAGAUACUCAAACUCAUGAUUAUGAAAAUCUUGAAGAUGAUACCACAGAGCAACACCAACUUCAUAGUAAAGUGAAUUUACCCACUUGGGUUUUUAGAUCAAAAACCAUUAGAAUUAAACCAUUAAUUAAAUCAAUUAGUGAAUCCAGGGCCGCUGAUUUGCCAAUUUCAAGCAGUACAAGCGGCAAAAGAUUGCUUCAGUUUCAGUACAAUUGUCCUUUUUAUUCAUCUGAAGCGCGAUUUCGAAAUUGGUAUAAUUGGAUACCUGUAAAAGGUCAAGACAAAACUCCAGGUCCAGCUUACUAUAAUGCUGAGAAACAAAAGUGUUUGUCUGCCGUUAGAAAUGGCCCAAUAUGUCAAUCCAAACGUUUUACUUCUCAUGCAACACAAACUCCUGCUCCUAACGCAUAUAACGUUGAGAUAGGUCUGGAAAAUAAAUUAACUACGUACAACCAAAAAUUGAAAAAAAAUGUCAAAAACACACAUAAAUAUGUCUGGAAGGUUCCUGUGGAACAAAGAAAAUUAAGCUUAGAUGAACAAGUGGGUAUAUUGUUAAACAAAUCUAUUGCACUAUUAGAUGUGCCAGAUAUUUUCGAAUAUUCAAAAUGUGAAGAAAAAAAGGAUGCUCGGUCGCUGGUACACAAAAGCGAAACUGACCAAACGAAAUUGUUACGUUGUUUCCUCUACGCCAAGAAAGUCAAACAGUACUAUUAAAUGAAAAAUUGACACUCAUUUUCUUUAUCAUAUGCCACAAAAUCGCAAUAGCAACAAGAAUCAUUCCAUUAUUUAAAAAUCACA